CUCAAAUGUUCAGAGUAUGAAGAAAAGGUCAAGAAGUAUCUUGAAGAGUUUGAUAACCUACAACAUAACGUCAUACAAACUUUUGAGAAAUGCAUAAAACAAUUGCGCAGCAUCGCAGCUGAUAUUGAAGAUUUCCAUAGCGGAGCCCUUAAAACCAACAUCGCUGGGAGCUCUGUUGGAAUAGCCGGGGGUGUUACUGCCCUUGUUGGGCUUGUUUUGGCUCCUUUCACUCUUGGGGCAUCACUAACCGUCUCUGCUAUCGGUGUGGGAGUGGCUACUGCUGGUGGAGUAACUGGGGCUAUAGCAUCAAUUGCUGACAAUGUUCACACUAAAAUCAAAUGCAGGGAGGUAGAAGGAAUUUUAGUGAAUGUUAAUAAAGAGAAAGAGAAGAUGCAAGAGAUGUUAAAAAAGAUUGAUGCAUUAAUUAGUGAUAUGAAGUCUUUAUUAGGUGUGGAUAAUGUUGAUCUGGCUAGACUGGGUGGAAGAGGGGUUUAUACAGUGGCAGAGGUAGCCCGGGUUAUUCAGCUGGUGAAGUUGUCAACUACUGCAGCUCAAGGGGCCGGUAUAGUAGCACAUGGGGCCCGCGUUGCAGCGGCCGUGUCAGGGAUUUUUGCAGCACUUUUUCUAGCUGUCGACCUUGCAAAUGUCGUGAAUAGUGCAAUGGAACUGGGCAAAGGAGCAAAAUCUGAGGAGGCAAAAAAGAUACGAGAAGUUGCUGAUGAGCUAGAAAAGGAAAUUCACAAUUUGAAAUCUAAAGAAGCAGAGUUUAGAAAUUGCAAAACUCUACUGUUUUAA